GAGGCAAUACUUUACGAAUCCCAAAAAUUGUUUUUAAUGCAGCGCGUGAUUGCACCAAUUCCACAAUUCGAAAAGCCACAAGAAAUAAGAAAUUAUACUUGAAAACAACUGAAUUCACUCGCAAAAUGACACAAUUGUGUAAUCGAAUAAACAAGAUCGCAGGUGUGAUGCCGAAAAGUAAAAAGUUGAAUAAAGAUAAGACAAAGGAGGAAGAAGCUGGGAAAAGUGAGGACAAUACUGAUCCAGAGGUGGUUUUAGAGAAUGUCACAGAAAACGAUGGAAAAAUCACCAAAAAUGCUGAUCUAGAGCUGAUUCUAGAUAAGAUCAUGGAAAACGAUGGAGAAAGGAAGAAAAAUGCGGAUCUAGAGGUUAUGAGGAAUAUCGAUUCAGACUUGGAAUCAGCAGAUGAUGAAAGAUCGCAGACUGGUGAGACGAAUGAAAAUAUGAAAGAGAGGGGAACACGGGAGUCGAUUAGGCAGAACAAAAUUAUCGAGGUCCACAUGUGGGACGACACUAUUGCUGAUAACUACAAUCAAAUCGGUCGUUAUCCAGAAAGAAUAGCUUCAUCGCAAAGUGUUGAAGCACUCCUUGAAAACAUGGAUGAAAAACAAGCAAUGAAGAAUUCAGCGAAGAACCAAAAAAAUGAAAACUAUGCCGAUUCAAACAGCAGUGAACGAGAGCAGAGGAAGCUAGACCGCAAGAGAAAUGUACGGGAGGAAAGCGAGAAUAAAGAUCUUGGCUAUGAACGAACUAAGAAAAAGCAUAAAAGUUAUCAUAAGAACUCAUAUUCCAGCACUGGCCAGGGUCACAGAAGGGAGAAGAAACGCAAAGAGAAGAACCGCCAUAAGAGCCAGAAAAGCAAGGAGAAGGAGAAGAAAAAAAAAUGCAACGAGAGCAAAAAGAGCAAGAAAUCCAGACAUAGAAGUCAUGAUAAGUACUCCAAAAGAGACUCUGAUUCGGACGAAAACUAUGGCCGCAUUAAGAAAUGGAAGCUUUGA